AUGCCUCACCUCGUCUCCAACUUCCUCCGGUCCUCCACCGGCAACAUUUCGCAAAUAAAAAACGCCGCCCGCUCGCGCACUGCCUCUCGCAAUGCCUCUCGCAAUGCCUCGUGCGACUCAUCCAGGAAAAACUCCGUCUCAGGCAGCCCGUACGAGUCCGACGCCGACGACCACGCCGUCAAACCCCACGAUUUGAUUGACGCCGUCAAGAAACACCACAAGCUCACGCUUCCCUUUGGUCGCUCCUCCAGCUCGCCCGUGCGCGAGCUGAACCCGGCUUCCUGCAGCGUUGCUGCCAUUGAUUGGAGCAUCGAGAGCCCGCCCAUCAUCUUUCACGGCACCCGCGAGGAUAGCACCGGCGCCAUUGUCUCUGGCCAGCUUUUCCUCGACAUCAAAGAUGACGUCGUCGACAUUGACAGCUUCAAAGCCACCCUCAGCAUCCACACCACGCACAAGCGCCCCUGCCAGGGCCACUGCGCCGAGUGCCAAAAUCAGAUUACAGAGCUUCAAGCCUGGGUCUUUCUUGACCACACCACCAAGCUGCACCGCGGCAAGCACGCAUUUCCCUUUUCAGCGCUGCUCGGCGGUGAGCUGCCCGCUAGCACCAACACCCCCCUCGUCUCCAUCGCCUACGAGUUCAAGGCUGUCGCUCAGGUAUCGCGCCACGCCACAGGCACCGCCGCGCCCAUCCAGCUCAAGUUUGACCGCACGCUGCUGGUCAAGCGCUCCGUGCCGGAGCCUCUCUUCCCGCACCACUCGGUGCGCGUCUUCCCACCGACCAAUAUCAAGGCCAGUGCCGACUACGUAUCUGUCGUGCACCCGACCAGCACCAACAAGCUGACGCUUAAGCUCGAUGGGCUCAUGAGCCACAACGAAAAGGUCAAGACGGUCGACCUGUGGAAACUGAAGAAGGUGUCGUGGAAGCUCGAGGAAACCAUCAAGACGGUCGCCCCUGCUUGCGACAGGCACGCGCCCACAGCCAGCUCCGUCGGCAACAUCAAGGGCACCGUCCGCAACGAGGUCCGCGUCAUUGGCGAGAAGCAGCUGCAUGAGGGCUGGAAGUCGGACUACUCUGGCCACGACGGUUCCGUCGAUAUGGAGCUCGACUACAGCAUCAGCCAAGCUCGCAACCACGCCGGCGAGCUCAAGUACGCCUGCGACACCAAGACGGCCGACGGCACCGAGGUCACCCACUCGCUACUACUCGAGCUCAUCGUCUCCAAGGAGUACGCGCCCGAGGGCAAGGCCCGUCAGGCCACGCCCACCGGCACCGGCCGCAUCCUGCGCAUGCACUUUGGCGUCGUCGUCACCGAGCACUCGGGCCUCGGCGUCAGCUGGGACAACGAGGCGCCUCCCAUUUACGAGGACGUACCCCCGAGCCCGCCCGCCUACCCGCUUGAGUCGCCCGUCGACUACCAGGACCUCCAGCCGCUCUACGCGCGCCCUUCGAGCAUUGACGCCUCGGCGCUGGACGACACACCGACUUCAUCAUAG